GCGAAGGUGCGAGCGAGAGAGAGUGAACAUUCGUAGGGCAGCAUGGAGGUUACGGCAUGUUAGCUGAAAAACUAAUACUUUUAUGGAAAAAUGAUGAUUUCGUGUAAAAAUUUAUUCGUAUUCCGGCAUCUGCCGGCAGUGCGCACCUGCCUGGCUGCCACCGCGUACUCCGCGCCCAGUGCCACAGCCUACCGAAGCCUCUCCAGCAUUCUACAACCGCCGAGGAGCGGAAUUCCGGCAAAUUCGGAGCACCCAGUCCGCCGCUUACACACCACACGCGAACUCCUGGCUAAAGACUACUAUAAAACGUUGGGCGUAGCCAAGAACGCCAACGGCAAGGACAUCAAAAAAGCCUACUACCAGCUCGCAAAGAAGUAUCAUCCGGACACAAACAAGGAGGAUCCGGAUGCGGGCCGCAAGUUCCAGGAGGUUUCCGAGGCAUAUGAAGUGCUCAGCGACGAGCAGAAGCGCCGGGAGUACGACACCUAUGGCCAAACGGCGGAGAACAUGGGUCGCCAGGGCGGCGGAUUCCCCGGAGGUGGAGCUGGUGGCUUUGGACCCGAAGGCUUCUCGCAGAGCUGGCAAUUCCGCUCGAGCAUCGACCCGGAGGAGCUCUUCCGCAAGAUCUUCGGCGAGGGCAACUUCCGGACGAACAGCUUCGAUGACUUUGCCGACUCCAAGUUUGGUUUCGGUCAGGCGCAGGAGAUGGUGAUGGACCUCACCUUCGCCCAGGCGGCUCGCGGAGUCAACAAAGAUGUCAACGUCAAUGUGGUCGAUCAGUGCCCCAAGUGCGCCGGCUCCAAGUGCGAGCCGGGCACCAAACCGGGACGCUGUCAGUAUUGCAAUGGCACCGGAUUCGAGACCGUGUCCACGGGACCCUUCGUCAUGCGCUCCACCUGUCGCUACUGCCAGGGCACUCGGCAGCACAUCAAGUACCCGUGCAGCGAGUGCGAGGGCAAGGGACGCACGGUGCAGAGGCGAAAGGUCACAGUUCCCGUGCCCGCUGGCAUCGAGAACGGACAAACGGUGCGCAUGCAGGUGGGCAGCAAGGAGCUGUUCGUCACCUUCCGCGUGGAGCGGAGCGACUACUUCCGCCGCGAGGGCGCCGAUGUGCACACGGACGUGGCCAUCUCCCUGGCGCAAUCGGUGCUAGGAGGCACAGUUCGUGUGCAGGGCGUCUACGAGGACCAGUGGAUCAACGUGGAGCCGGGCACCUCGUCGCAUCACAGGAUUAUGCUGCGCGGGAAGGGAUUGAAGCGGGUCAAUGCUCACGGACACGGCGAUCACUAUGUGCACAUCAAGAUCGCGGUGCCCGACAGCAGGAAACUGGACAAGGAGCGAAGGGCCUUGAUCGAGGCGUACGCCGAGCUGGAGGAGGAUACACCUGGCCAGAUUCACGGGAUCGCCCAGCGCAAAGAUGGCAGUAAGAAAGCAACCGCAGGAGCGAAUGAAGCAAGACCUGGAUCAGGAGCAGCAGCAGCAGCAGGAGAAGCUGCCGGAUCAGGAGCCAGUUCAGGAUCCUCCCAGCCAGGAAAAGGACCAGCAGAAACAGAAGGCAAAGACCAACGGACCGCCGAAGAGGAAGCCAAAGCGAAAGAAGGCGGAGGAUCCGAGUCCGGACAAAGCGAAGGCGGAGGCUUCUUAAACAAAAUCAAGUCCAUGUUCAAUUGACAGGCGUUGCCAACUAGUUGGCCGAUUCUGUUUGUUAGUGUCUAAGUUAACGCACGUUAUUGUUGCUAAGGCGUAAUCUAAGUUCGGGCGGGAACCGAUUGAGUGUAUUCCAAAUACGAGUUGGUUCGAGAUGAAUAAACCAAAUUGACCGUCAAUCGA